UUUGAGACCUGUAGACGUGGAAGUCUGUAACAAUGGACAUGUCGCAGGAGCAAACACGGUCAGUCAGUUUACCUCGGAGUCUGAGAAAGAGAAAGAAGGGGUCAGACAUGACUAACAUGUUUCAGCGGACCUGUCGACUGGAAAUUAAUGUACCCACGCAAAUUGUGCAUGUCAUCGGUACAGAACUUAAGGUGAUUGUAGACCGGUGUGCUCCACCGCAGUCCAAAUCCUUCUCAAUAAAAUGUGGCCCAAACGUGCAAUGCAAGGUCACUUCCCCGGCUGGGGACAGGAAUGCUGCUCCGUACCCCCUCACCCCAAACUCUGUUCUCAUCGUCACCAUGGAUGCAGUCAGCGAGACCGCAAACGACACCAAGCUGUCUGUGAGGUACUAUGGAGAGAAAGCAGAGUCGCUCGGGGACGCCGUGCUGCAUCUAACAGCUGUCGAGAUAUCUCUGGACGUAGACGCUGACCGAGAUGGCGUUGUUGAGAAAAACAAUCCAAACAAGGGAUCGUGGAAGUGGGGUCCUAAUGGCCACGGUGCAGUUCUGCUGGUCAACUGUGACUCAGAGACCACUUACCAGAAGACACUGGACAGCGAGGUUGCUGAGAUCAAUAAAGUGUCAGAUUUACAGGACAUGUCCAAGAUGAUCCUGCGCACCAACGGUCCCGCUGAACUUCCUGAAGGCUAUAAACUAACCAUGCACAUCUCAAAGACCACUUCAGACAACGUGAGAGUCUUUAGACCUCGGACAACUGCAAAAGAAGACGAUGUGUGGAAGCACAAACUCCUGAAGUUGUUCCUGAAAGACUAUAUCAUGGUGGUGGGAAUGGACACGCUGACACAGGAAGUGCCCUAUCUGGGAGGCAAAACCGAACUAGCGUUCUUUGUAGAGGGUCUUCGCUUCCCUGAUAAAGACUUUGAUGGGCUCGUCACCAUUAACCUCAGUCUACUAGAGCCCUGUGGCAAGGGUUUCCCUGAAACGCCCAUCUUCACAGAUACAGUUGUAUUUCAUAUUUCUCCCUGGAUCAUGACCCCAAACACCCUCAAACCUGUGGAGGUGUAUGUGUGCAGCACAAAUGAUAACUACACAUUCCUGAAGAGCAUAAGGAACCUGGUGGACAAGUGUGGCUACAAACUGAAAAUAUGUCAUGAGUACAUGAACCGAGGCGACCGCUGGAUGCAGGAUGAGCUUGAGUUUGGCUACAUUGACUCUCCCCAUCACAAAUUCCCUGUUGUACUAGACUCUCCUCGUGAUGGAGAUCUUAAGGAUUUCCCCUACGAGUCCAUUCUGGGGCCAGACUUUGGGUACGUGACACGGCAUGCUUUGAAUGAGAAGGUCACCAGUCUGGACUCCUUCGGUAACCUGGAGGUUAGUCCACCAGUCACAGUCAACGGAAAGAGUUACCCACUUGGCAGGAUCAUCAUUGGGGUAGCGUUCCCUACUGCAACUCGUGGCCGAAACAUGACCCAAGUGGUCCAGGACUUCCUGUGGGCACAGAAAGUUCAAGAGCCGAUAGCUCUGUACUCUGAUUGGCUGGUUGUGGGUCAUGUGGAUGAGUUCAUGACCUUUGUUCCAGCCCCUGACCGAAAGAAAUUCCGGUUGCUUCUGGCUAGCCCUGACGCCGGAUACAAAGUUUUCAAAAGCUUACAAAAGAAAGGACAUGGAGAAGCAGUAAUGUUUCCAGAUUUGCCAGAGACCAUCUCUGUAAAUGAGAUUCUGAGUGACAAAAAGCUACAGGCUGAAAACCUAUACGUGCAGAACUGUAUUGACUGGAACAGAGACGUGCUGAAGAAAGAGCUGGGGUUGGAUGAUGAAGACAUCAUUGAUUUGCCCAUCCUGUUUAAGGCGUUAGAAGAGAAAACAGGCCCCAGGGCUGUGGCUUACUACCCCGACAUGGUGAACAUGAUUGUGUUGGGGGAUCAGCUAGGCAUCCCAAAACCGUUUGGGCCGAAGGUGAAUGGCAGGUGUGCUCUGGAGACAGAGGUGUGUUCUCUUCUGGAGCCUCUGGGCCUCAAAUGUACCUUUAUUGAUGACUUUGCCCCGUACCACAAACUGCUGGGUGAAGUUCACUGCGGCUCCAAUGUCCUUCGAGAGCCGUCCCCUUUCAGAUGGUGGAACUUAGAGCUGUGAGAGAGAGUGCCUAUUAAGUCUCGCAACAAUUUCAUUUUAGCCAAAAACAAUGCAUAGAGUGAAAUACUAAUGGAAUAAAUCAUU